CCUUCUGCGAGUGGAAAGAGAGGUAGCCAUUUUGUGUAGCUUAGCGGAGCGGGACAGCACUCCGAGAGCCGCCGAGGGAAAAAGCUGUAUAUAUAUACACAUUUAAAAAAAUCACAGCGAUAAUAAUACAUUAAGAAUGAGCUCGGUGGACGUCAAGAAACUGAAGGUACAUGAACUGAAGGAGGAGCUGCAGGCCCGGGGUCUGGAGGCUCGCGGCCUGAAAGCGGACCUCGCCGAGCGGCUGCAGGCCGCACUGGACUCCGAAGCCUUGGGUGUCGGGGUAGCACCGCCACCGGCGGCCGUGCCCGGCGAAGGAUACGCCGGGGACGGCGAGGAAUUGGGGUUCGGCGAGGAUGAGGGGGCCGAUGACGGAGAGGAUAAUGCUGAAGACGAUGAGAAGGAGCAGGACGAAGCCUUGGGGCUGGAGACCGGAGACAGCCUAGCUGACCAAGACCAGGGCUUCAGCGAGCUGUCGGCAGAUGGGCUGGAUGAUACUUCAGUCAAGGAGGAGAGCAAGCUCCCCGCGGAGGGGGGCGAACUGCAGCAGCAGCAGGACUCCCUGGAAGAAGACCCCCACCCGGAAGUGAAGACGGAGGUGAAAGAGGAGGAGUCUGCUCCGGUCACUGCAGAACUGGGUCAAGACGGGUCGGUGGAGCCCAAACAGGAGGAGAAGGAACGCUCCCCUCAGCACCACCAGAGCCGCAAGAGACACUACGACGAGGGCCGGGGCCGCGGCUACUACGAGCACCGCGAGGAUAAGAGGUCCAGGUCCCCCCAGCCUCCUGCAGAAGACGACGAAGAGGAUUUCGAUGACACACUGGUGGCCAUUGACACCUAUAACUGUGACCUGCACUUCAAGGUAGCACGUGACCGCUACAGCGGCUAUCCGCUGACCAUCGAGGGCUUCGCUUACCUCUGGUCAGGCGCUCGAGUCUCCUACGGUGUCAACAAGGGCAAAGUCUGCUUCGAGAUGAAGAUCAAUGAGGAGAUCUCUGUGAAGCACCUUCCUUCCAGCGAGCCAGACCCACAUGUGGUUAGAGUCGGCUGGUCUCUGGACUCGUGCAGCACUCAACUUGGAGAGGAGGAGUUCUCUUACGGCUACGGAGGAACUGGGAAGAAAUCCUCCAACUGCAAAUUCGAGGAUUUUGGGGAGAAGUUCGCAGAGAACGAUGUCAUCGGCUGUUUCAUUGAUUUCGAGGCCGGCGAGGAGGUGGAGAUGGCUUACUCCAAGAACGGCAAGUGGCUGGGCGUGGGGUUCAAGGUGAGCAAAGAGCAGCUGGGGGACCGCGCCCUGUUCCCCCACGUCCUGGUGAAGAACUGCGCCAUCGAGUUCAACUUCGGCCAGAAAGAGGAGCCCUACUUCCCCGUACCCGAGGGGUAUACCCUGGCGCAGAGCGUGCCCCUGGAGGACCGGGUUCGGGGCACCGUGGGGCCCACCUCCAAGGCAGAGUGCGAGAUCCUGAUGAUGGUGGGCCUGCCCGCGUCUGGAAAGACCACCUGGGCUGAGAAGCACGCAGCUGAGAACCCAGCGAAGAAAUUCAACAUCCUGGGAACCAACGCCAUCAUGGAGAAGAUGAAGGUGAUGGGUCUUCGUCGACAGCGUAACUACGCUGGCCGUUGGGACGUGCUAAUCCAGCAGGCAACGCAGUGCCUCAACCGCCUGAUCCAAAUCGCGGCCCGCAAGAAACGCAACUACAUCCUGGAUCAGACAAAUGUUUAUGGAUCAGCCCAGAGACGAAAAAUGCGUCCUUUUGAAGGUUUUCAACGCAAGGCUAUUGUAAUUUGUCCAACGGAUGAGGAUUUAAAAGAGCGAACGCUAAAGCGCACUGAUGAGGAGGGAAAGGAUGUGCCUGAUCAUGCUGUGUUAGAAAUGAAAGCUAACUUCGCUCUCCCGGAGUCCGGCGAGAUUCUGGACAGCGUGACGUUCGUGGAGCUGGAGAAGGAGGAGGCGGAGAAGCUGGUGAAGCAGUACAACGAGGAGGGGAGGAAGGCAGGGCCCCCCCCGGAGAAGAGGUUCGACGGGCGCUCUGGAGGCUACAGGGGUCGCGGAGGAGGAGGGGGCUUCCAGAGAUAUGACAACCGCGGGGGACCCCAUGGGGGGCGAGGGGGCUACCAGAGCAGAGGGGGCUCGGGAGGUGGCUACAGAGGAGGCUAUAACCGUGGUGGCGGCUACAAUCAGAACCGCUGGGGCAAUAACAGAGAAGGGGGCUCCGGAGGGCGGGGCGGAUACAACCGGAACCAGCAGAUGGGGGGGUACAACCGCAAUUCCAACUACAGCAAGGGUGGAGGGGGAGGAGCCUCUGGGGGCUACAACCAGGCAUACAACCAAGGUUAUAACCAGGGCAACUACAACCAGGGCUACAACUACAGCAACUACCCUGGCUACAGCCAGGGCUACAGCCAGCCGGCUGCCACCACUGGGCAGAGCUACAGCCAGCAGCAGCCAACGCAGCCCACAGCACAGCAACAGCAGAGUUACAACCAGCAAUACCAGCAGUAUGCCCAGCAGUGGAGUCAGUAUUACCAGAACCAGAGCCAGUGGAACCAGUACUACAGCAAUUAUCCGAACUACGGGAACUACUCUGGCAGCACAGGGACCGGGUCGGGCUCCCAGUAAACUUGUGCAAGCAUCGACAAAGCAGGGUUUACUCUCCAGGAGUGAGGGGCGAGCAAUCAAACUUGGCUGCCCUUUGUUUUUUUUGUUUUUUUGUUUUUACCCUUCCCCUCUCUCUCUUUCUCCCUCCCCUCUUCCCCUGAGGGGAGGGAUUGGCGCGUGUGUUUACUGUGUCGUAAUAAACCUGUCUUUGUUACAUUUUAAGUUUUUUGUUUUUGUUUUUUAUUUUAUUUAUUUUAAAAAUAGUCAAAACCUGUACUUUUUAAAUAGAUCAACAAGCCUAAAAAAGAGAGUAUUGGGUGUAAUUGAUUUGCAACUGACUUUUUUUAUUUCAUUUUGCUUUUUAUUUUAGUUGGGGGGGAAAUGCAUUUUAAUGCCUUUUUUUUUUUUUUUUUAAAUACUUGAACUUGGCAAAUGUUGUGGUGUUUAAACUAUUGAAUCUCGAGUCAGUGGUGGAGAGGAAAGGGGUAGGGGGAGUGUUUGCCUGCUAUGUAGUUGAUGCUUUUUAAAGUAGUACUGAUACAUUUGUAAAUCUCCCCUUCUUUCUUGUGCUCCUUAAGAAAAUAAGAUGUUAAUUUUUCAAGUCCCUCCUCUCCCCCCCCCCCCCCCCCCCCCCGUUGAAUAAAAAUACUUUUUUAUAUAUAUUCCAAUGACGAUUGUGUUUGCGAGAUGUAUUUAAAAAAAUAAAUAAAUAAACUUUAAAAAUCAUUUUAAAGCUUUUUCCCCUACAUCAUAAUACUUCCCUGCUGUGUCUGUUGAAACCCCGCGGUUUAUUUUGCAAACAUUUUUGUCAAUGUGAUUGUAACAUAAUUAAAAAAAAAAAAAAAAAAAAAA